ACGGGUUGGCCCGCAUACACUAUCCAUGUUGCGCACCUGGAUGUUAGCAAGCCAUUGGCCCCAUGUUGAGGAUUGCUGAAUGGAGGUUUGGUCAUUACGUGGAUUUUUGAUGGUGAUGAUGAUCGGAUGAGGAUUGGGCCCUGCUGGGAAGGAGAGGUUCUGGCAUACAAGUCAGUCAGAUGUCACUGGAGAUACCAAUAAUAACUGCAAGACAAUUCGAUUCUCUUCCUGUCUGUCCUCCUUCAUCUAGAAUAAAUGAGGGAGCUCAAAGGCGGAGAAUACCAACGGACAUACAUAUCCCAUCCCUUGUGUCCCGUGCAGUCGGCGCUUCGAGGCAACCGUUAGCAACACUUCGCAGGAUCCAGAACCACUUUCACAUCGCUGCAAAGAACAUUAACUGUGAAAUUUAUAAUACAAGCCUGAGGUGUCAAUAUAAAGUGAAUAAACCUUGCCUGAGUCGACUUCCAUCAGCUCCCAGUGCAGAAGGUCGGCCGAUGCAAGGGUUCGGCUCACCUGGCGAUACUUUCGAGUCCCUCACAUCCAGGGAAACAAACACAGCUGGCGGGGCUGCUGCACGCCACGUACAAAUCUCAAGUUUACAAGGAGGUGGGUGCAUUUCACGCAUCUUGAUUAGACAAUAAGGUAUAUAGUAGCGACCGUCGGGGACACCGCGGGUGUCUAUGCUAAACAAACAAACCAGCCUGCAUUCCCAGCCCAUGCUCCGCCCAAUUGCAACGGGUAUCAGCCCGGCACUCGCUCUCGAGUGCGCCUCCUUUCGCAAUUUAUCCCAGCAGAAAAAACUCACAACAGCCCAUGCUA